CAACAGUAGAACAGCUGUAAUGGGAAAGUAGAGACGGGUCUGCUUGUUUAUCAACAGUGGCGGCUCGAAAUUAACUAUUAUCUGAAGACAGAAUGUCGGAUGAAUCCUGAAGAAGCCUCCGGUCCACCCCUGACGGAUCUCCGGGCUCUGUGAUGGACAGCGUGGAGGAGGACCUGACCUGCUCGGUGUGCUACUCGCUCUUCUCUGACCCGCGCGUCCUGCCGUGUUCCCAUACUUUCUGCAAACACUGCUUGGACAACCUGCUCCAGGUGUCCAGCAACACCUCCAUCUGGCGCCCGCUGCGCCUGCCCAUCAAAUGCCCCAACUGCCGCAGUGUGGCGGAGCUGCCCCCGACCGGCGUGGACGCUCUCCCAUCCAACGUGUCUCUGCGAGCCAUUGUUGAGAAAUACCAGAGGGACGGCGAACCUCGAGCGCAGUCCUGCCAGGAGCACAGCAGGCAGCCUCUGAACAUGUACUGCAUCCAGGACCGGCAGAUGAUCUGCGGUCUGUGUCUGACCAUCGGCCAGCACCAGGGUCAUCCCAUAGAUGACCUGCAGGCAGCUUUCAUCAAAGAAAUGGAAACCCCGGUGCUGCUGCUCUCCAGGUUGUCAGAGCAGAGAUGGAGUCAGAUCUGUGAGCUGGGGGAGCAGCUAGAGCAGGAGAAGGCCCGCUGUGACGCCCUGCUGAGGCAGGACACCCAGGAGGUCAAUCAGUACUUCACCUCGUUAGAGGAGGUUCUGGCCAGGAAGAAGCAGGCCUACUUGGAGGCUUUGAGGAGAGCUUCAGCUGAGGUAUCAGAGGCCUAUGACCCGCUCAUCCACAGAGUCAAGGAGCUGCAGGAGGAGCAGUUGGAUCUGGUGUCUUUAGGAUCAUCUGUGGAGGAGGAAGAAUCCCCUUUGGUGUUUUUGGAGAAGGUUCAUCAGUUCAGAGAUCGGGUGGAGAAGUUCCUCGAAUCCCCGCUGCCCUCUGUGAUCAGCCUCUCGGUGACGCCGCCAGCCUCUGAGUUUCUGCAGCAGAACUGGCCCGCCGUGACCAUCGGCAGCCUGGAGAAGGCGCCUGUUGCCAAACUGCGCUGCUGUGCCAGAUGUAACGGCGGCAGUACAGAGACUGAAGCGAAAGUAACCUCUCCCGCCUCGAACAGGUGGUGUUGGCUGCAGCCCGCUGGUUCUGUGCUGCUCCUGGGCCUGCUGCUGCUGCUGGCAGCGCUGUGGGCCAACCCUGUUGGAGAAGCAUCACUCGGCUUCUCUGUCCUGUCCAGCUUCAGUCAGCUGGUCCAGGCUCUGAGCGAUGACCUGCUCACAUCAGUCUGGGAUAGCCUGGCGCGGCAGUGGGCGGAGUUUGGGGCGGCUCUGCAGGAGUGGGGCUCACAGCUGUCUGUAUUCAAAGACUGUGUCUCUCAGCAGGUGGUUGCCUUAUUUAAAACUCUUUCUCACUGAGGGAGGCUAAACUGGAGACAGAACUCUUUAAAUUGUUUCCCAAAAGUAAACUUUUAUAUCAUUAAUACUGAAACAUUUACCAGUUGUUUUUGUUUAAUUUGGUCUGUUUUCUUUUAUUAGCAUUUAAAAAAAAAAUCCUUUUCUUUGAGCCUAAGUGCCAACAGGAAUUAAUUCUGCUUUAACACUAAACUUUUUAACAAAACAGGAAUGUAAUUAAGCCAGAAUCUUCUGUGCUUGUUGCCUAUAGCCACUCAUAGGGAAAUGAUGGUACAUAAUCAGAGCAAUGCUUCAGCAACACUUUUCCGAGGCUGUUUCUAAUUCCACUCUUUCAAUGCACAUUAUGUAGCACUCAGUAUUUUGAUCUCAUGUUCUGUUCGUCUUACUGUUUAUUACAGGCAUAAUGCUUUAAGGCUCAAAUUUAACCUUACAAGACACUUUGCAUCUGGAUAUUAUCACAGCAGACUGUUUACAACAAAUAAGAGGAAUGUGUUGCAUAACUGCCUUUACCACCAUGCCUUUGUCUUUGGAAAACCCACCUUUGGAAACUGAAUCUUAAUUAAAAAAAAAAAAAAUACUUUAUGCUGCCUUGUAAUAAAUGACAUUGGUUUGAUGCAAACUGGGAUCUGGAAAUGUAAAAAAUUUUUUUUUCUGUUUUCAAUAAAAAUGUUAGUUCCAUUGUGUUUUUCAUUUUGGCAGUGUGGUGUUGAUGCAUGUGGAAGGAAAGCUCAGCUUGCAGAUGAAUCUUUAGACUUCUAGCUACCUGAUGGGCUCUAUGCAUAACUCCACUGCUUCCUGACCUUCAGGAAGCGCUGCUGUUUCCUGGAUUUAAUCACUGGAUGAACUGAUUAAUCCAGGUGUGUCUGACCACCUUGUUAAGGGGGCCAGACACACCUGGAUUAAUCAUUUCAUCCAUCAGAAAAAGACAGGAAAUACUAGAGUUGCUUUAAGUUCAGGAAGUAGUCGAGCUGUGCAGAGCCCAACUCUAUAGGCAGUGGCUCUACACACUGCCAUCUACUGGCCAUAUAAUGCAACAUCUGCACCAUAGAACCAUCCCUGUUCCAUUUUAAUACCAUGGCAGGUGGACAAAAAAAUAAA